CUUCACUUUUGAUUGUGUCGUGUAAGGGCCCCUUAACAUAAAGACAUCAAUUACCCUCCAACCUUUCGUUUCAUACUUCGGCGCUCUGUAUCACUCCCAUAUGUCGUUGCUUAUUUCAGUACUCUCUUUGCAAAUACUUGCAAGCAGCGGCUCAACAUAUUGUUAACAUCGUGUGUGGGCCCCUUAACAGCGCAGCUGUUAACAGAGUGUGAGGAGAAACCGUUAUCAGAUGGAACAACAACAAGGCGCCAAACGUAUUGCAGUUUCCAGUGCAAAGAAGAUCGUUGCAGUUGUCGAACGUUUGUUUUUUGCGCACGAAAAAAACAAGUUAGAUUAACCUAUAUGUAAAAGGGUGUGCGUAAGAUCUGAUGUGAAGUACAUACAUAUAAGUAUUUGUCUGUGUAUAUAUGUAUAUAUAUGUCUAUUUGUGAACUAAGUAAUAUAACAAUUUAAAUACAAUGUUGGAUGCGGCUGCUGUGUUUUUUACAAUAACAAUUCCCACGGCCCAAGAGGAGCAGCGCCUGAAGGAUGCCUACAGGCGGCAGAUCCACAUGAAUGGCUCCAUCGGAGUCAUGGGAAUCAACAAUGCUGGCAGUAGUCCGGGCACAGAAACGGCAAUCGAUACUGGAACGGGAACGUUGAGCAUGUCAUUGUCUGCCUUUGACGAGCAGAGCCUCCGUUUGUUUGAGUCACCUAGCGUGGCCGCGACAGGGGGCGGGGCAAUGGGUGAUUGCAGACGUCGCUUGCCAACGCAGCUGACAAAUGUCUCUGAGCGCGCCGAGCUGUUAGACUUACCUCUAGAUUCAGCCAUGGAGCACGUGCUGCAGCAGCUAUUGCGCAAAUUUCAAAUAACGAAUGCGCUUUGGCUGCGCAGCAUGGAUGGCGCCAGCUAUCAGAUCACAUUUACUCUAGAGCUUAAUGAAAUCUACGAGAAUCUCUACGACGCACUGCAGCUUUGGGGCAUCGGAGAUCGUGAGGGCUCCGCUGUGUCUGUCAUGAAUUGCAUUGCCUCAAAAACUUAUCAAACGAAUUCGACAAAAACGGACAAGCAGCCGACGGCGCACAGCGAUGGCAACAACAAUCAAAAUGCCCAGAAGCAGGGCACCUGGAAUCGAUUUAUGAACUCUGUGCGUUCCAGACUGAACGUGGCCCAAAUUGUACGAGAUGUUCGCCUGGAUGCGGCCAUCACUUUUGACUUUUGCAUACUCCUUGUCUCGGCAGCCAUCUUGGCGUCUUUCGGACUAAUAGAGGACAGUACCAUAUUUUUGGCGUCCAGCAUGCUAAUCUCUCCUUUGAUGGGACCCAUUAUCGCCGCCAUUUUUGGCACUGUGAUCAAGGAGCGUUCACUGUGGCGACUGGGCAUGCGCAAUGAGCUAAUUGGCAUACUGUUGGCCACCUUAGUGGGAUUUCUCUUUGGCCUCGUUGUCUGCACCACGGAUAAGAAGUAUGGUAUAGGCGAGGGAUUAACGGAGGAGAUGCUCUCCCGCUGUGAUCUACAUUCGCUGAUUGUGGGCCUCUUCACGGCCAUACCUUCUGGAGCAGCGGCUGCUAUUGGCAUACUGGGCGGUAAUAUUGGUUCGCUGGUGGGCGUGGCCAUAUCGGCCUCGCUGCUGCCGCCAGCUGUCAAUUCUGGUCUCCUCUGGGCUUUGGCCUGCAUUUACAAGCUGUAUGAAAAGGACGAUACGCUCUAUGUAGAUGUGGUCAAGUCACGCACCUAUUCUCAGAACCAGGCCACAGAGCUGGCUAUCCUUGGCGGCAUUAGCAUGUGCUUAACUCUUUCUAAUAUCCUGUGCAUCUACCUUAUGGGCAUUCUGGUGUUGAAGGUUAAGCAGAUUGCUCCAGUGAUUGGGCGCAGCAAUCGUCAAUUCUGGAUGCACGACAUUAAGGUGUCUAGGGGAGAUGCUGCUAUUAUUGAUGAGCUGCUGGCAGAUCUGGCUAAAGAGGAUAAUCACGGCGAUAUCCUACGGCAUCUGGAUGAGGCUGCAUAUCAGCAUACCUGGUCGCCGCGUAGCAUACGACACAGUUUCUCCAUGCAACCGGGCGUAGCCACCAUACAUCGACUCGAGCAGCUCUAUACGCAAUCUUUGACAAAGCCGCCUGAGAGGAGGCCACCGACACAUCAAUCAACAAUAGAGAGGCGUCACACGCUGCGCUUGACAACUGAUGAAACUCCUCGUGCUCGCAUUUCCAGCAUGCCCUCAUAUAGAGCAGCGCAGCCGGAGAGAAUUGAUACCAGUACUCGCAUUACGGUACCUUCUGUUCCACGUUUUACAGUCACACCCGCUUCAGAGGAGCUGCUGAAGCAUUAGUUUUAAAUAUUUAAUGUUUAAUGUUUAACAAAAGUUGUUGUU